CCACUGCCCUUCAUUUUAGUGACAAAGCAGAAGCAGAGAGAAGAAAGCUCAGCUCUUACGGGAAACAUUCGACGUAAAACCAACAUUAUUUCAACAUCGUUGAGGUAUCUUCCUGAAAUAAUUACUUUGUGAUUCGUUUUCUCAAGGCGACUCUUCUCACAAACCUCACUUUUAUCAACUUAACUUAAGGUUUCGAUCUAUUCCACAACCGACCUGCCUGUGGCAGAAAACCAAAUUAAUGGCCAAGGAGGAAGGAUCUCACUCAGAAAUGGCCCAUGCUCGUUGGAGUGACGGUAUUAAUGUCAUCUUUGACCAGAACAGUCCUGCCUCAUUGCGCUCCUGUUCCCGCAGCAGCAGCGGCAGUGGCAGCAACCGCUCCGCCGAGUCUGACCAACACAGGGCGCUUGGACACCGCAAGAGACAUUACAGGUCCUCAUCGUCGUCGUCGUCCAGAAGCAGGUCAACCCCCCGCACCAGGUCCCGCUCUCGCCCUCGUUGCAAUAGACCUUCAUCCCGCUGUCGCUGUGACAACCACCACAGACACCGAAGGGCCCACCACCGCCGCUCUCAUGCACACCGUGUCAGGGCCCAUCCUCGCUCCGUCAGCCGCUCGCCUUCACCAGACAGGUACUCGCACCGCAGAAGCAACAGGUCACGCUCCAGUUCCAACAGCCAUAAGAAAAGACACCAGAGGACAGUCGGCAGAUUCGAUAGCAGGGUUUCACGAUCCCCAGUCGACAGCUACAGAAGCCACUCGAGGUCUGGAUCUUCUAGUUCCUCGCUCAGUUUAAGUUUGGAAGAUAAACAGGAACUCCUCGUUGCUGCAAAGACCAUUGCUACAAAGAGCCUGGACGUGGAACAUCUACAACUUCCUGAGAGUGUACAACCUAUCUUGUUGGAGGUGAUCGAGUCUCAAAGGCGGUCAUCAAAACCAGAGACAAGGGUGAGACAAGGCCCAGAAAGGACCGCAUCACAGGAAAAAAACAGAAUAGCAAAUAGAAGGCACUCCUAUUGGACCAGUUUAUUAAAGAUAAUAAACACCUGUGGCAGUACAUCGAGCAAGGUAAAAUGUCUACAUGUGACUGUUGAUACGCAUGAGUUCUCUGCUGUGUUCAAUUUUCUGUCUUGUGUUAACCUUUGGACCUCAAAGGGAACACACAUACUCUCUUGUAUUUAUUCCUGUCUUCAUAGAUAACAUGACAGUGGUCUCCUUCACUCAUCGGCGCCUGGGAUUAAAAGGCUGUCAUGUGACUUGGGUGAAGACUAUAGGUGUUUGCUGGAAAGGUUAUUUGAUGACUCCCGUUAUGUUGUAUCAUGAAUGAGGUCUGCCGCUAAACUCACACAUAUUUAGAUGAGCUCACACGUAGAAAUUAUUCACAUUUAAUUGAAGUGCUAAUUACACACAUAGAUACUUGAAUGUUGUACAAGUAAUUCAGAUUACACUACAGCACUUCAUGUAUAAAGGCAAAAGAAAUUUGACAAUACAAAUGUAUUCAUGCUUGCAGUUGAAAUGGGUCAUUGUUAUUUAGCAGAACCUUCCACUCACUGAUGGGGCGCAGGCGUGUGGACUGCGUUAUAGUGACUAUUCCUGUCGAGAGAGCUAUAAAAAGACGAAGAACUCCUCUCCGUAUGCCAAAGAUAAGUUGGUACACAAGGCGUGUGCUGAGGGGCUGGGAAACCAACGUCACCACCAUUCUUCCACUCUAGACAGAGAAGACUUCCUUUUUAAUUUGAUGUUUUGUUUGCAUUUUUGUCUUAUUCAGUUUCAGGGUCUGUCCUUUUUGAAGUAUUCAGUGAAUGGCUAAGCUUAGUCUUUGACAGCAGUGUGGGGGUGGGAAGAAUGCAU